AUGAUCCCCAGAAGCGGAGGCGAAAAGGUCUACCUGGAGGCCGCGUUUCGCCGACCGAAGCUGCUGAUCACGGUGGUUUUUGCCGUUCAGGCUGUCGCCCUGGGGUUUACCGGUACUUGCGCCUACCUGCCCUCCUCCCUUAUCCGCUUCCUAUUUGCGCACGCUGACACCUCGGGAUGCAUUGUGUUCGCAUCAAACAUGAUCGUCGCAUCAGGCAAGGAGGCGACCGAAGGGGAAGAGCGCGGAAUCGCCAUCGCCGUCAUCAGCUUCAUCACCCUGCUUCACGUCUUUCUGCCCAACUGGGGUGUGCGGGGUAUGAACGUCAUCGGCGUCGUCAAGGUCGUCCUGCUGCUCUUCAUCGUCGUCACCGGCUGGGUGGUUCUCAGCGGUCGGUUGAACAGCAUCCCCGAUCCGUACGCCAGCUUCCAUUGUUCUUUUGUUGGCUCCGCAACCUCGAGCAACCUUUAUGCCACCGCGCUGUUCAAGGUCCUGAACUCAUUUGCUGGCUGGUCAAAUGCCGCCUAUGUCCUCAACGAGAUCCGCAACCCGGUGCGCACGCUCAAGAUUGCCGCCCCAACGGGCCUGGGCAUCUGCGCCGCCGCUACGCCGGAAGAGAUCGCCAACAGCGGGACAACUGUCGCUUCGUACUUUAUGGGUAAGGUAUUUGGAACCGCUGCUGAGCGGGCCUUAAGCGUCCUCAUCACGAUAUCGGCCUUUGGCAAUGUCAUGACGGUGACGUUCGCCCAAGCGCGCGUCAACCAAGGACUCGCCAAAGAAGGGGUGAUUCCCUUCCCGACCUUCUGGGCCUCGUCCUGGCCCUUCGGAUCUCCCUCUGCUGGCCUUUUGCUGCACUUCAUCCUGUCCGUCAUUGUGAUUGUCGCGAUCCCUUUUGGCGACGCCUACAACUUCAUCCUCGACCUUGAGGGGUAUCCAUCACCGAUCAUUAACCUUCUCGUCGUAGCGGGGUUGUUCUACCUCCGAUACAGCGAGCCAAGACUCCCGCGCCCGUUCAAGGUCUACUGGCCUGUCGCGGUUUUCUUCAUGGCUGGCCAGGCUUUCCAGGUGGUGGCGCCGUUUAUCAGACUGCCUGAAGGCAAGGGGGAUACGAGUCUACCGUAUUGGCUCUACCCCAUUGUUGGGAUUGCGGUGUUGCUUGCAGGCGUUGUAUAUUGGGGGAUUUGGCAGCUGUUGUUGCCGUGGCUGGGCGGAUACAGGCUUGUCCCUGAACAUCAGGUUCUGAAGGAUGGGACAACAGUGGCAGUCUAUAAGAGGGAGAAUAAGAUCUUGGCAAGAAAGCUAGCUCGUCGUCCCUUUGCCUUCAAAACCUAUCCAAUCCUCAUCCUCUCAAAUCCGAUCCACCUUCUAAAAUGGGUAGCAGCCGAAGAUUCCAGAUGUACAUUCUCUUUCAACCGAAUUCUCCAACUUACUCCAUUAUUCACUGGGCGAACUACGGUGAGAAGCCGAGUCCAGACGUACGAUGACCAGUCUUCCACCAGGCACUCCAGCGAAAGCAUAGCAUUCGAGGAAUUACUCUUCAACGAAACAUACGACCGACCGCAUUAUAUCCUGAUUCGUGACAGGGCUAGAACUCCUAUCGCAGCUCUAGUUUGGGUGAGACGGACUAAGGCCAAAGCCUGCCUCUUCGUUGCUCAACACCGGAAGGAGAACACGUGA